CAAAAGCAGUUGCAGUCGACUUUUUUCUUUGUUUACAGCGAUCGACCAAAAAGAGAACAUGUAUGAACAUAUUUAUUUGUGUAUGUAAUGUAUGUAUGUUAGUUUGCAAACGGAAAUAUUCCCGAGACCUUCCAUUGAAAGUUCACCAGUUACACAGGUAAUUAAACUUGCACACACAUAUUCCUGCAUCAUUUCUUCCGGUUUAAAUUUGCGUGUAAGGUUGCAUUUAUGAAUAUUGCGCCGCUUUUAUUGACUUUCAAUACUAAACGAUAUUUUUACAUUAGGUGUCCAAAAUUACAAAAGCUAUGUUAUUUUCCACUCACAAACAAACAAGCACACGUACAAAAAUAAACCGAACAAACUUUUCCAGAAAGGUCCACUCUAAUGGAAUUCUCUCCUCUCUCUCGCUCUCUCUCUCUCUAUAAACGCCAUUUGCCGGCUUUUUGAAUUGCGUUGUUGAUAUUUGGUAAACAAUAAAACAGACUCUCGAUCAGGUGGUUUUGCUAUAAUGCAUAUUAAUGAAAUUGUUCGAACAUAUUGACAAUUAAAAUUCCAAGACUCUUAUGUAUGUUUAAAUUCGCAUUUUGGUUAGUCAUAAAUAUUCCUUAUCUUCAUUAAAUAGCAUUUCGUCUGAAUCAUUGAUCUAUCUAAAAAUGUGGUGUUCCAAACUUCAAACAAAUAGAAGGUGAUGAAAAACCUGUUUUUUUAUAAAAUUAAACAUUGCAAUAUAUUGCGUGUUAAAAGUGCCUUAGAAUCGGUUUUUUAUUUUUAUUAAAUGUAUUUCUAAAUUAAAGAUUCGUUAAACUCGCAUUACAAAAGUAAAACAAAAUCGAUAGAUAAACAUUAUCGCCGCGGUUUCAAACAAAGCAAUAUCAACAAAUAAAAUUUACAAUCGAGCUUUUUAGAGGAAAACAAGCAAGAGGUCUAAAAAACGAGUAAACAAUUUUGGGGGUAACGAAACUAGUUUGCCACGCUGCGUUUCGCCGGUAAACAUAUGACGCAUUAAUAGUUCAGUAAAGUCUAGAAAUCGAUAGAAGUUGAGGUCUAUACAUAUUUACAUACAUACAUACAUUCAUAUUUAUGUGUAUGUAAGAUUUGAAGGUAAGAUAGUACAUCGAAUAUACAUACAUACAUAUGUAUACAUAUGUACAUAUGUACAUAUGUACUUCGUGAUUGCACUUUUCUAGUUGCGCUCUUAAGAUUAAAUACUAACUUCAUAACAUGAGCAAUUUUCAUUUCAUUUCAAUUCGCAUUAAAGAAUAAAAUUGUUAACAUCGCUUUCUUUUCUAAGAUAUGAGUUUUAAUAGGUGGCUACCUAUAUGUAUCUAUAUAAUAAACUAUGAUAAGCUCAUAUGUGUAUACAAUAUUCUAAUACGAUAUCCUUUCUUUUUGGUUACUUUGUGUAGUAUACCAAUUUCCCAAAAAAAACUGUGUAUUAGCAUUUUUAAAAUGGUGUUGUCUUCAAAUUUCGAAUCGUUAAGGCGAUCUCACCAAUGUACAAACACCCCAUUGAUGUUGACUUAACGUAUCUUAAUUGUAGAAAUAGAUUUCUUUUCAACCCCAUUAAUGAAAGUCGCACGCUUGCCACGAUUUGUGUCUAAAUAUGGGCAUGUAUGCAGCUUCCUAGAUCGUGAUCUUCGCCUGGCACACGACCGACGACGGACCUCGAUGGCGGCCACUCCACAGGCGUGGAUCUUUGUGCUCCAACGGCACAAAGCCAUUCCAAUUACGAUUUCCUAAAUUCCAUAGUCCAUCUUCUGGAAAGAGAAUCAUAUUGCACACUUUCACCGCGAAAAAAAAAAACGAAUUUGUGGCGAACAACAAAAUCGGGAAUUAUGCAUAACUGAAUGGAGAAUGGAAGUUAGCAUCGGAUGGGAUGGGAUCGUAGUACUGGCUACAUUGGUGAUAUGGAUGGUGCUAAUUGCCGCGGCACUUGGUGGCUUGGAUGAACCGUUAAAUCGAAACUGGAGCACUGGCCCAAUAACGAUGAUGCACGCGGCCCGCGGAUUAGCACCUUUCAACGAGCCACUACGGAUGGAUGUUCUAGAUACCCAAAAACCCGCCAUUAGCACCAUUGCCGGGCGGAGUUUUUCUGGCUCAGCAUUGGGACAUCUUCGGUUAGUUGUCGACUUAACUCCGAGCCAACUGGCCGUGCGGUGUGUGCUGAACCAGGAUUCGAAACAAUAGAAUCAAUAGUGACAAACGGAUAAUGUCUGCCUACGAGAAAAUGCCGGCGAAGGCGCCACGACGCCUCUCACCCAUAUGGUUUCUGGUGGUCACGUUUCUUCUCUUUGCCACCACCUUAACGGCGCUGGCCGUGAUCGAAGCUGGACGGGCACAGAGCAACGCGGGCGGAGAAAGCGAUCUCCUAAUCCUUACGCGCAUGUGGAAUCAUUUCAAGUCCGGUGCCGAUAAUGAUACAGAAAUUGCCACGGUGGAGCGAAUUGCUAGGGAUGCCGGAAAUGCAAGCAAUCCGAGUGCAUCCGCAUCGCAGCAGGGCAGAAACUUCUACGAGGAGCAGCAGGCGGUGGUGGUGAAUGCAGAGAGCAUGGAUUCUCCCGUGUUGGGACAACGCCAGGAUGCCUACGGUCCGCCGCAGAGUCGCGAGGAUUCCUACGAGCAGGAUCCGUACUACGAUGUGGCCGAUGACUACGGACCUGAACGAUAUCCCAGUGCAGAGUCCAAGCAGGAGUCGGAAGAGGAUGAGCGUUUCUAUGAUAAGGAAUACACCGGUGAGGGCAGGUCACAGCAGGCACGUCCCUACGAUUCCUUCUACGCUCCGUGGUCAUAUAAACAGCAGCCAGCUCCAGUCGCUACUCAUCCCGCUGCCGAGGGCAAUAAUAGAAAGCUUCAGGCGUCUUUAGCUCCUAGCAGAUCGCCUUAUCCCGCCUACGAUGAGAUGUACGACUAUCCCAUGGGCUUCCAGCCGCGCCCACAUCCGGAAACAGCGAUGGCCAAACAAUCUCAGCCCACGUCCGACAAUGCAGUAGUCCAAAUCCAAAGUGAAUCCACACUGGUCACCGUGCUGAAGAGCCUCAAGCAGAUCUGGGAUCUGUAUCAGGCACUGAUGAGUGCCUGGAACGCGGUCAGCGAACGCCAUCAGCAGAGCACUGAGAAGUUCCGCCAAGAGCAGGCGGCGAAGAAAGCCGAGAAGGAGCAACUGCGUCAGCAGCAGCAGCAGAAGAACAGGAUAAACUCCAAAAAACCGCCGCGCAUCGAGGGAAACAAAAAGAACCAGAACAAGAGGCCGGCUACAACGACAACUAAGGCAACCACGACGACGACGACGACAGCUGCUCCAGAUGUCUCUGAUGAGGAGGAGGAGGAAGCGGAGGAGGAGGAACAGUCGCAGAAGACAGUGGAGAAAGUUGAGACAGUCACACCAUCGGCACCCGCCACCAAAGUCUCGGCACUAAAGGGGGAAAAGGGAAAUCUGAGAUCGGUGCGUGGACUGCGCCAAAGACGCGAUGCCGAGGCGGAGGACAAGGCCGACACGGAUGUGGGCGAGGGUCGCUAUAUCAAGGGUGAUCCUCUCAAAGGAUACUACGAUUUCGUCAUCACGGAGGGCUCCUACAAGUUCUGGGCCGUCUUUCAGGUGGGCACAGCACUGCUGAUUAUCUACUCGACGUUCGCUGCCAUUUACUACUCCAAGGUGAAUCCGCUGACCAGUGAUUACGACUACACGGAUUACCUGGGUGGAGUUCGUUCGUUGUCCGGCGGAGAUGCGGAUUUCGUGGAUGACGGCGAUGCAGCGACACCGCCCGUCUCGACCACCUCUCGUAUCAUGGAGUGGCUGCCACGGACGGCGCAUUCCAUCCAGUUUAUACUGGAUGCCAUCGACAAGGUGCCAGUGGAUCAUGAUAAGGACAAGGAGCUCGGCUGGUCCACGGCGCAAAAGGACACGCCGGCGCUGGGAAUGAGAUAGGGAACUGACUACCAUAUGCGAUAUUUGUUAAGGAAAAUAUAAUUAUGUUGAAGAU